AUGGCUCGAGGAUGUGAGACCCACGGAAAGAAGAAAAAGAUUUACUGCCUGACGUGCAAACAGUCGGUAUGUCAUUACUGUGCACUGUGGGAGUCCGAUCACAAGGACAAAAACUUCCGUCCUUUGGAGGACGUGUACAUCGACGCCAGGGCCAGGAUCCGACUGCAAAUAAACAAUAUCUGUCGAUUCGUGCAGCAACUCGAACUGCUGUUGUCCCAAAUCGUAGUUCAUUUGAAUAACUAUUCAGGCAAGUUACAACGAGCUAGUGAGACGUGUGAACGGUCGGUGUGUCAGUACUGUGCACUGUGGGCGUCCGAUCACAAGGACCACGACUUCCGUCCCUUGGAGGAUGUGUACAUCGAUGCCAGGGCCAGGAUCCGACUGCAAAUCAACAAUGUCAGUCAAGUCGUGCAGCAACUCGAACUGCAGUUGUCCCAAAUCGUAGUUCAUUCGAAUAACCAUUCAGGCAAGUUACAACGAGCAAGUGAAGGACGUGAAAGUACUUCAUUUGAAGGACAUGCGGAAUUUGAUCACCAACACUCUCGAGAGACUCGACCGAGUGCAGACUGCCAAGUUGGAAGAACUGAAUGGUCCCCUUUCUGUACAGCACUAUUAGAAAUGUCGUUUGGAAUUAAUGCCAAAAUCGAAUCGCUGAAUGGAUUCAUCAACGAGGCGGAAGAACAACUCAAAUCAUCGACACACAUUCAACUUGUGUCUGAUUCUUCUGGCAUUGAGUCAUUCCUCAAGUCACAUGUGAAACGACCUCCACCAAUUCAGUCGUCUGAAAUGAUAAUGAAGGACUUCGUGAGAUUUGAGUAUAAACUUGAACUUUUGAACGAAAACGGGAGCAGAAAUAUUUCCCGUGUUUAUACGUCUGAUUUUGAAGUUGGGGAAUGCUGGGGAUAUACUCGGUUUUGUCGGCUGAGUCGACUUGAGAACAGCGGGUUCAUUCAAGACGACGCCCUCACAUUUCUAUUCCACGUGCGGUCCCCUUCUUACUACAAUAAAUGCGUCAUUCUUGAAAAGUUGAUGUUUGGUUAA